GACGUUCUUUUGUGGCAAGAUGCUAUUGUUAUAUGUAUUAUUGAUAACCAUACAGUUGGUGGCAGCCAUCCCGCUAGUCACCAAAAGAGGUCUCGCAUUCGACUACCAGAAUGAUAAACUCCAAGGUGUCAACUUGGGAGGUUGGUUCGUAUUGGAACCCUUCAUCACCCCAUCCCUUUUCGAUGCGUUUGGCGAUAACUCCAACACCCCCGUGGAUGAAUACAAUUACUGCUCCACCCUCGGAAAGGAUGAAUGCUUGAGUCGGUUGACCGAUCAUUGGUCCUCGUGGUACACUGAAGACGACUUUAAAGCCAUUAAGGAUGCCGGCUUAAAUGCCGUCAGAAUCCCCAUCGGUUACUGGGCUUUCAAGAUGUAUGAUUAUGACCCCUACGUAUCGGGACAGCAAGAUUACUUGGAUAAGGCCCUCGAAUGGUGCCGCAACCAGGGAUUGUACGCAUGGAUAGACUUGCAUGGAGCCCCCGGCUCUCAGAAUGGGUUUGAUAAUUCGGGCUGGAGAGACCACCUCGAGUUCCAGUCCAACGAGUAUAAUCAGGCUCUCACCUUGGAUGUGCUUAAGAUCAUCAUGGACAAGUACGCCGUCGACGACUACCUCGAUGUGGUGAUUGGUAUUGAGUUACUUAAUGAACCUUUGGGAAACUCUCUCGACUUGGACGAGUUGAAGAGUUAUUUGACCCAGGGAUACACAUUGGCACGUAACAACGGGAUCCAGGCAGUGGUGAUCCACGAUGCGUUUGAGGCGUCGGGAUACUGGGAUGAUUUUUUGACGGUUGACAAUGGAGACUACUGGAACGUGGUGGUGGACCACCAUCACUAUCAAGUGUUUUCAGCUGGAGAGUUGGAACGUGAUAUUAACACCCAUAUCUCGACCGCCUGUGCCUUAGGUACCCAACAUUUGUCCGAAUCUCACUGGAAUAUUGUGGGUGAAUGGUCGGGAGCAUUGACCGAUUGCGCUCGGUGGUUAAAUGGAGCUGAGAGGGGAGCCAGGUGGUCAGGAGAUUAUGACAGUUCACCAUAUCUCGGAUCUUGUGACCCUUACACGAGCUUCAGUAAUUGGCCAGAUGAUUAUAAGGUUAAUGUCCGGAAAUAUAUCGAGGCCCAAUUGGAUGCUUAUUCCACCAGGGCUGGAUGGUUUUUCUGGACCUGGAAAACUGAAGAUGCAAUUGAGUGGGAUAUGAGCCAGUUGAUAGCUAAUGGCAUUUUCCCACAACCUUUAUCCGACAGGCAGUAUCCUAACCAAUGUGGAUACUAAUAAUACCCUCUAUCAAAAGUUUUUAUUUCGGAUCCUCUAGAUUUUUUAGUUGGUAAAAUUGUAUAGCUAAAUUUAAUGAAACCUU